GCCGAGCGGCGGAAGUGACGUCAGGAAGGAGCCGGCGAGCACCGGGCUGAGGCUGAUGCAACGCGCGGAGGCUGCCGCCAUGGAGGCCGCGCCCAGCCCGCAGGAGAAGUACCAGCUCAUCACCCGCAACCUGCAGGAGGUGCUGGGCGAGGACAAGCUGCAGGCCAUCCUGAAGGAGCGGGAGGUGAAGAUUUACUGGGGCACCGCCACCACGGGCAAGCCGCACGUUGCCUACUUCGUGCCCAUGUCCAAGAUCGCCGAUUUCCUGAAAGCAGGGUGCCAGGUGACGAUACUCUUCGCUGACCUCCACGCUUACCUGGACAACAUGAAGGCCCCCUGGGAGCUGCUGGAGUUGCGCACUCGCUAUUACGAGAACGUGAUCAAGGCCAUGCUGGAGAGCAUCGGGGUGCCCCUGGAAAAGCUGAAGUUUGUCCGGGGCACGGACUACCAGCUCAGCAAGGAGUACACGCUGGACGUGUACCGCCUCUCCUCCGUGGUGACGCAGCACGACGCCAAGAAGGCAGGAGCGGAGGUAGUGAAGCAGGUGGAGCACCCCUUGCUGAGCGGGUUGCUCUACCCAGGCCUGCAGGCCCUGGACGAGGAGUACCUCAAGGUCGAUGCGCAGUUUGGAGGAGUUGAUCAGAGGAAGAUCUUCACCUUUGCAGAGAAGUACCUCCCUUCCCUGGGCUACGCCAAGCGCAUCCACCUGAUGAACCCGAUGGUUCCCGGCCUGACGGGAAGCAAAAUGAGCUCGUCGGAAGAGGACUCAAAGAUCGACCUCCUGGACCGCAAGGAGGAUGUGAAGAAGAAGCUGAAGAAGGCUUUCUGUGAGCCCGGGAACGUGGAGAACAACGGCGUCCUCUCCUUCAUCAAGCACGUCCUCUUUCCCCUCAAGUCAGAGUUUGUGAUUCUGCGGGAAGAAAAAUGGGGAGGAAACAAAACCUACACGGACUAUGAGGCCCUGGAGAAGGACUUCGCUGAGCAGGUUGUGCAUCCCGGGGACCUGAAGAACUCGGUGGAAGUGGCCCUGAACAAACUGCUUGACCCCAUCAGAGAGAAGUUCAACACCCCGGAGCUGAAGAAGCUGACCAACGCGGCCUAUCCCAGCCCCUCCAAAGCCAAGCCUGCAGAGAAAGGCACCAAGAACUCAGAGCCGGAGAACGUCGUCCCGUCCCGGCUGGACAUCCGCGUUGGCAAAGUGAUCAGCGUGGAAAAGCACCCGGACGCUGACAGCCUCUACGUGGAGAAGAUCGACGUGGGCGAGCCCGAGCCCCGCACUGUGGUCAGCGGCCUGGUGCAGUUCGUCCCCAAGGAGCAGCUGCAGGACAGGCUGGUGGUGCUGCUCUGCAACCUCAAGCCCCAGAAGAUGCGGGGUGUGGAGUCGCAGGGCAUGGUGCUGUGCGCCUCCAGCCUGGGGGAGCCACGGCAGGUGGAGCCCCUGGACCCGCCGGCUGGGUGCUGCGCUGGGGAGCGCGUCUACGUGGAGGGCUACGAGGACGGGGAGCCCGAUGACGAGCUCAAGCCGAAGAAAAAAGUCUUUGAGAAGCUGCAGGCCGAUUUCCGUGUCUCCGAGGACUGCGUUGCCCAGUGGAAGCAGAGAGACUUCCUCACCAAGCUGGGGAGCAUCUCGUGUAAAAGCCUGAAGGGGGGGAGCAUCAGCUAACCAGGCACCAGAGACCUCACACCUCCUGCCUGGCCCCCUGCACCGCCCCAGCCAGGCUCUCCUCCCCGGUCUCCAUCUCCUCCCCCAGUGCCCCGAGCAGGGGGCUCAGCCCUGCAGGACCUGGGGGCUCUGGGACUGACUUUGCAGCCUCCCCAACACCACAACAGCGCGAGGCCUCCUGGGGAGCUGCCCCCGACAUCUCCUUUGCCUUGGGCCUGCUCAGCCAGCGUUGGUGCCUCCGCUGGGGGCCAGCUCUGGGGGCCUGGCGAUGGCAGCAGCCCUGAGGGACCGGUUUCUUCUGCCUCGUGCCAUCAGGCUCCUCGCUGGGGCCAUCAGCAUCCUCCCAGCUGUGCCAAGGACUGGUCCUGGCUCCAGGACAGCACCUGGAGGUGCUGCAGUGAGGGUUUUAAGGGAAGGCUGCUUGCUCAAAUCUGUGUUGCUGCUACCGGGGCUGGGGGCAGCUGCCUGGCAGCCAGGCGGGCCCCCUCCCCUCCCCUGCCGUGCUCGGGGCGAGGGCCGGGGCUGCUGCAGUGUGUGAGGAGCCCCAGCCCCACCAGCGGGUCUGACCUGAGGCUGUGGGGGCGUGGGCCUUAAACACUGACUCGGGAACCAUCUGUCUGCCAUAAACCCCAAUAAAACGUCGGGCUGACUGCA